AUGGCUAGCGAACGCGCCGGGGAGUGGGUCAUGUUGGCGUCGUGGAGACAGUUUCAGUUCUAUGAGAGCGUUCCGCUUCGGGAUCCGCUGCUGGGUUCGGACUCGCCGCUGUAUGCUGAUCCUACGGUGUCUGCGGCAGCUCCCGUGGGCCGGGGCAGGCUAGUGGUCGCGGUGAAGUCAACGGUGGUUAGAGUGGUGGAUUUGGGCAACUCGAGGGUUGAACAUGAAUUUCGAGCGUUCCAGGAUGGUUAUCAGAUCAACCACCUCGAGGUCGCGGGACAGGGGUUCCUCGUGGCAGUCGCAGAACAGGUCGGCAGGCCAUCCCUGAUUAGGAUAUACAAGUUACAGGCGCUGCCGCGUGAUGAGAAGUCGUACCAUGCCGAGGUCGAGGUCAAGAAUGGCAACAACACGUUUCCCAUCUCUGUGGUGUCCAUCAGUCGCGAUUUGUCGUGCAUCGCCGUUGGGUUUGCCAACGGACGGAUAUUGCUUGUACGGGGAGAUCUUCCUCGAGACAGAGGUUCGAGACAGAGGAUUAUCUACGAGGAUCCUAGCAGAGAACCACUGACUUCUCUAUGCUUCAACGCGGACGCCACUGUUUGCUUCGCUUCGACUACUGCCAGGGUCCUGUUGUUCAAUACAACAGGUCGCAAUAAAGGCCAGCCGGAUCUUGUGCUGGAGCCCAAGAAGGGUGUGGAUCUGCAUUGUGGAGUAUUCAAUAGGUUCACUAAUGAGUAUGUCUGCGUUUUAGAGGAUAACUUGGUGUUUUUUGGCGCCAAUGGCGAUAGAAAAUCAAUGGCGCUCAGCAUCCCCGCUGUGCAUCGGGUGUGUCCCAUCGACAAGGACCAUAUUUUGCUCGUUCUCCAGGCAGAGUAUUCGCAGUCUACCGUAUUGCAAGUGGAAGAGUUGUCGCAAUCAAACGCAAAUAAAGUUAUCAUUAUCGAUUUGCGAAACAAAAUCAUCGCUUUCGACAUGUUCAUCUCAAGCGCGGUGGUGGACGUACUUUUAAGUGACUGCGUCUAUCUGCUAACUUCAGAGGUUCUUCUCUACCAACUGACGCAGAAAGACCUGCAAGAACAGCUGGAUAUCGUUGUCAAGAAGGAGCUCUUCCCCUUUGCACUUGAACUAGCAGAUCAGCAUAAUUUGGAUCCCCUGCAAAUACAGCAUAUUCACAAGAAAUACGGUGAUUGGCUUUAUAGGAAAGACUUGAAAAGUGAGGCGGUAGACCAAUAUAUUCAGUGCCUAGACGUUGUCGAAACAAGCGAAAUUAUCUCUAAAUUCGGCAUUGUUGAGAAUCCUGACCCCAAAGGACUGGAAAACCUUGCCGACUUUUUAUGGUCACUUGUCAAGAAGGAUGUCGCUAAUUCAGAUCAUAUUACUUUGCUUCUCAUCGCUUUGAUUAAAAUGAAGGCCGAGGAUCAGCUGAGAUUCUUCAUCGACCAUUUCACAAGAUCUGGCAAAUUCUCCGAAGAAAUCAUCACGAGAGAUCUCGAUGAUGAGGCCUUUUUUUAUUCUGAUAAGACACUUUUCGACUUGGAGCUUGUGGUUAGUUUACUUCAGGAAUCAAAUUACCCAUCCUUGGCUUAUCAGUUGGUAUCCAGAUACGCGAGGGAUCCCGUGCUCAUAGUGGAGGUGUUGCUAAACUCGUUAAAUGAUCCGCAUUCGGCAUUGAAAUACAUCCGGAGUUUGUCAAUUGACGACACCUUAAGAAUUUUGGUCGCUUUCUCGAAGAAACUGCUGGAGAAGCUACCUAACGAAACGAAUCUUUUACUGAUAGAUGUCUUCACCGGCAAAUAUGAGCCAGCUUCCUAUGAUAUGAAAGCUGCCAAUGAGCCGAAUCAUGAUGCGCAAGAUGAGAAUAUCGUCUUUUACAGUUACAAGACUUUUCUUGGUUACAUGAAUGACAAGAUGAAUAAGAGAAAAGCAGAAGAUCAAAAAGGCCUUAAGAGAGCUCCAACGUAUCAUCCACCAAAACCAUCAUUGGUUUUCAUUGCUUUCAUUUCUAAACCCUUCGAGUUCGUUGUAUUUUUAGAGGCCUGCUUGGAAAGCUAUCAACAAUAUGAGGGCUCCCGAGAGGACAAACAGGUGAUCCUAACAACGCUGUAUGAUUUAUACUUGUCCUUGGCUGCAAGUGAUGUGGCCGAACGUCAAGACGACUGGAAAGUAAGGGCUGAAAGGAUUCUCAAGCUAAGUAAUGAGUUAGUUGCUGAAGACUCUGACUCCACGUCCGGAAAACCUAUCGAUAACUCAUUAAUGAUGCUUAUCGCACAUAUGAACGAGUUGGACAUCUACGGCGUCGGAAAUCAUACCACAAUAGAAAAAUCCGAUUCUGGGCUCGAUAGUGCGCAAAAAGCGGGCUUAGUCAACACUAUGCGCUCGUUGAUAUUUGCCGGAGAAGCUGUCAAGUGCCUGGAAUUCCUUGAGACUCACGAAGAGACAGAGCCCUACCUCUUCAGAGUCGCCCUUACUUACUUUAUCUCCUCCAAACAUGUUUUGAAAGAGAUUGGUGGCGAGAAGGUAUUAAAGGAAAAACUACUGGACAAGAUAGUACAAAAGGGCCUGAUGACAAUCCUGGAUUUGCUGCAACUGCUAGCAUCGACGAACGUGGUCACCUAUGGUGUUGUUCAAGACAUCUUAAUCAAUCAUGUUCAGCAAGAAGAAGAUCAGAUAAAGAGGACUCGCAAGUUGGUUGACUCUUAUAGAGCAGAGCUCGAGACGAAGAAAGAGAAAUUGAGCUCUUUGUCACGUUUGGAAGAACCUUCAAGGAUUAAGCUCAAAAAUUUCAAGUGCUGUAUGUGUAAUACAACCUUGGAGCUGCCGAUUGUAUACUUCAAAUGCGAGCAUGUUUACCACAAGAGAUGUCUCAACGAGAUUGGUACUUCAGAAGACGGGGAGAGCAUUUUUAGGUGCCCCAAAUGCAUAGUAGAGAUAGAAACGUCUGAAAAGUUGCUUCAAGCUCAACGCGAGGCUAGCACUAAAUUGGACCUUUUACAUAUGGCAUUGAACGACGACCAGAAUACGAAAGAUCGCUUCAAGGUUGUGACAGAAUUUAUCGGCAGAGGUGGGCUGGAUCAUACUUAUGUAACGUUAGAUAAAUAG